AUGCAAGUGAGCCUGUCAGCUCGGUGCCCCACUGAUUUCAUCCCUACCAGCAGCUCUACUCUAACUGGUUCAAUAUCCCUGCCCACUGGUCCUAUCCUUGCCAGCAGUGGUUCUUUGACGUCACAGGACAACGGUGGAACCCCCCCUACAUCAACAUCAAACCCUCCAUCCGCUGUAACGUCAAGCAAUCCAUCAUCGUCCACGAGUCAAACUACCAGUAUUAGCAGUGUGGACAUGACCACCACACCAUCAACGCGCAGUUCUUCCUCACCUAAUGAAAAUGAGACAUCAAACCGGGCGACCAGCACAUCGCAAGAUAGCACGGCUGUGCAUGAGACAUCGCCUUCUCAGACGUCUCCCGUGUUCACGACGAGCAGGUCUUCAGGCACAGUCGCACAUGUUGGGGAGAGUUCAUUCAAUAUGCCGACCACGACUGGGGGCACUACCUCUGCGAUCAGUACAGGUUCGCCACAUGUCCAACUAGUUGAGAUCAUUGUCCCUGUCUUUUCAUUUCUCUUUUUCCUAUUUCUGGUCAUAUACCUCUACAUCAAACGUUGUCGUCGCAUCCGAGCAGAAAAACGCUCAUCCUUACUUGUGUUUACUCGAGGAGACAGGCGAUUGACACCUACGAGCCAUACUUCGCUAACUGCAUCAAUGGCCGACGCAGGGAACAAUACCCAGGUUGGCGAUUGGCGCCCCGAGAUGUCUUUUGCACCAUCAUCGCCUAUCCCACCUGCGCGCUCAUCCGUGCGCUCACCCCAGUCAGACUACCUCCGGUCCCAUACACUGACCUCGCCAACGCACUUUCCGUCACUUUUCAUGGAGGAGUCUGACCUCCAGCACCUCGUCGCAGAUUCACAUUCUAUGACAUUUAAGCAUGAGGGUAUGUCAAGGGUGUCUUAUACGGAUGAAAGCUCGACAACGGAAAGGGUCUACCUGGAGCCGUCUGCCAGUAUAGAUCUGUCCUCAGAUGCGCCGGCGUUGAUACCAUCCCGCAAAGAGGAGGACAGGCUGAGCAGGGUCAGCUUAGAAAUAUCAUUUCACAGAGAGCUAGAAUCAGCGGUGGGUAUAAUAAGAAAUAGUUCCUGUUUUGUCGCACUUGAUCGUCUUCCUGACCUUGAUGCUAUUCCACAGGUUGGGGUGGCGAAUUAG